AUGGCCACACUGAGCGGGAAAAGCGCGGAGUGUUCUGUUGGGAAAAUCAUAUUAAUGGAGUUCGGUAACGUGCCAACUGGAAUCAACAAAUUCGGUAAUGUGAUCCGCCAGCAGUUGACUAAAUAUCUCAAGGAUAAUAAGUGUAACAAGAGUGAUGCAUUCCCAGUUCCUGAAAAUUCCACCCUGGUUAUUGAUAAGUCAUAUCUCCCAGUUCGUCGUGAUGAACUGCCACCUGUUGGUUAUGAGGCGUGGAGUACACUGGCUGCAGGCGCUGCAGUUCAUGCUUACUAUGCAAUUGGGGCUGCACACAACGAAUCAAUGCGAAAGUGGUUUGCGAACUCAGCAUUCGCAGCUAUCCUAUUCGGUCUGAUUGGAGAGAUCCCACAAGAUGACUGUUCGACACACAAUGAUCAUUCCGUCAGGCAAUCUGAAGUCGAAAAUAUCUACAGCCCUGAUAACCGUGAUGAAAUCCGUUAUGACGGUAACUGGAUCUAUGGAAAUUGGAUAGAAGAUGAGUUUGGUUCACUGGAAGAUAUGGGAGCAAUCAUCGAUCCUGAAAUGUUUGGUGAUUGUAUCUUGGGGAUGAUAUUACCUGUGGUACAUUAUAUUCUUACGGGUAGUCAUGCUAUUGAAAAACUAAGGAUACAUGACUCUCAGUAUUCUAGUAGCAUACCAUAUUAUUACCUUCAUACACGCGUUAAUAAAGCUUUGUGUCAGUGUGGAAUUUCAUCUGAGAACGAUCAAGUCUUGGUGAUAAACACAACUAGUAGUUGGGUUUCCAAGUUAAAGGUCUUGCAGAUUGCGAUGAAGAGAUAUCAGUUGAAACAUCCAGUUAGAUCAGUAAGAUGCUUUUGUGAGAACGGUCUGCAUUUGACAGAGAACAUUUCACCUUAUUUUUUCUUAAAUCCAGUUCUUCGUGAGAAAACACGUAUUGCAGAGUUGAUUGCAGAGAAGCUUGUUAAGUCUCCCCUCGUCCUACUUUUCAAUAAUAUUGGCUCAUUGACUAAAUUGAAAAAAGACAUACGGAAUGCUUACAAAGACGCUUUGUAUCAUCACAUUGACGGGGAAUAUCUGACAAAUGUGACUGAUGAAAGUUCUGAUUUCGGGAGUAGGUUGCUCGGUCGACUUAUCUGUUUCUUGAAAUAUGCUGAACCAGAUAGUGAACUGUUCUCUUCAUUGCAUUUAAAGCGUUUUGGAAUGACCAGAGAGUUGGACUAUGGGGACUAUGAUGAGGAAUGGGACCGCAGUGUUCGUCGUUACUAUCAAACAGCUGAUAAUUCAAAAACAAAAUUCAUUCUAAAUGGCUUGCAAACGAAAUCAGAAUCACUUGAAGAGGAAGUUUUGCAUUUGUGGAAAGUGUAUGAUGUGGACUACUCAAUUCAGAAGGACAUGAAAAAUGUUUUGAAUUUAGCUGAUUUUCGGUAA